AACCGCCGUACACGUUGUCGUAAGCAUCUUCACAAAUAAAAAACCCAGUCCUUUUCGCCAUCUCCACCCCAACCGAAUUUCGCACCCCCGAAACCAUAGCCAUGAAUCAGCCUCCACCGGAUCAACCCCAUCUCGCAAAUGCCUACUACGGUCCUCCCAUCUACACAUACCCGCAGCCGCCGCCGCCGCCGCCACCGCCACCGCCACACGACCAUUCUCGCCGCCUCCUCACCAUUGCCAUGCGCGCGUUCAUCGACUUCUGCGUCGCCUUCUUUCACGCAAUCGCCAUACUCUGGCUCAUAUUCCGCCCUCAGAGGAUGCGAAUCGCUGUAACAUCCGCUUCCCUUAGCCGUUUCAACGUCACAUCCUCCACCGGCAACCGAUCACUUUCAUUCGAUCUCUCGACCAAUCUCACAUUCCGAAACCCUAACAAACGGGCCGGCAUCUACUACGACUGGCUUGAAGCUCAAGCCGACUACGAUGGGAUGCGAAUCGCGUGGAAGGGUCUGCCGGUGUUUUACCAGGGAAGGGAGGAGACGACGGAUGUUGCGGUGGGGCUAGACGGGCGGUCAACGUUUGGUAUUGAUCGCGGCGGCGAGUUCGAGAGGGAUAACGCUGCCGGAGUUUUUCCGGUGGGUUUGUGGAUUUUCGGCCAGGUGAGUUACAAGUUCCGGUCGGCGGUGACCAGGAGUUAUGUAUUGAAGGCGUUUUGCCCGUUGAGGUUGCCGUUGGGGAAGGCUGAAGUUUCCUUGACUGAUUGUAGGGUUUUGGUUCUAUACAAAUUUUAUAUUUUGUGGAUGAAUUUUAUUUUAUUUUUUUCUUUUUUUAUAUUAAUGAUUAUAGUGUAAUGCUGCAAUUUAGGAUUAUUAAUAUGGAUUUGGUGAUUUUAAUUUUGGGAUGAAUUGUAUGUGUGAUGUGUACAUUACUUGACAAUUGUAACC